AUGGCCUCUGCACAACCACAAACCGUGCCAUGCGCCUAUAAGACCGGUCGAACGCUUGGGCAAGGCACUUACGCCGUCGUCAAGGAGGCCGUGCACAUCAAGACGGGCCAAUACUAUGCCUGCAAGGUCAUCUCGAAAAAGCUCAUGGAGGGACGAGAGCACAUGGUGCGCAACGAGAUCCAGGCGCUCAAACGCGUCUCGCAGGGUCACCGCUCCAUCGUCACACUCGUCGACUACUUUGAGACGAUGAACAACCUCUACCUCGUGACGGAUCUGUGUGUGGGCGGCGAGCUGUUCGACCGCAUCUGCGAGAGGGGUAACUACUACGAAAAGGACGCAGCGCACAUUGUGCGCACCAUCACAGAGGCCGUCGUGUACCUCCACGACCAGGGCAUCGUACAUCGCGACCUCAAGCCCGAAAACCUUUUGUUUAGGGACAAGACUGAGGAGAGCGACCUGCUUAUUGCCGAUUUCGGUCUGUCUAGGGUGGUUGACGACGAAAAGAUCACCGUUCUCUCCACCACGUGCGGCACGCCCGGCUACAUGGCACCAGAGAUCUUCAAAAAGACGGGCCACGGUAAACCGGUCGACAUGUGGGCCAUCGGCGUCAUCACCUACUUUCUCCUCUGCGGCUAUACCCCCUUCGACCGCGACACCACCAUGGAGGAAAUGCAAGCCAUCAUCAACGCAGAUUACCGCUUCGAACCCACCCAGUACUGGGAAGACGUCUCGGACCAAGCCAAGGACUUUAUCAACAAGCUCCUCACCACCGACCCCGCUCAACGCCUCACCGCAAAGCAAGCCCUGCAGCACCCCUGGCUCCAGGCCGCCGCCCCGACCGCCUCUGGUGCCCGCGCAGAUCCGUCGACGGAACAGAAGGAUCUCUUGCCAGAUAUCAAGUCAGCCUUCAACGCCAAACGCACCUUCCGCAAAGCCGUCAACGGCAUCCGCCUCAUCAACCGCCUGCGCACCAACGAACACGUCCCCAACAAGGAAGAGAUCGACAAGCUCAGACAGACCAUCAAGGAGGCAGAAGACGAAUCGAGCAACCUGGACCAGGUCCUCCCACCAUCCUCCGAGGCCGGCCAUCCUUCGCAAUAG